AUGGAGCUGGAUCCUGCGCUGCUCAACCUCAAUCAGACACUUUCUGGGCCUGGGCCCUUUGUCCUGCUGGGUGUGCCAGGACUGGAGCGCCUGCAUGCCUGGCUUUCUGUGCCUGUGUGCCUGCUGUAUCUGGCAUCUUUGGUAGGGAAUACACUUCUUCUGGGGCUGGUAGCAGUGGACAAAACCCUCCGGGCUCCCAUGUACCAGCUUCUGGGGCUUCUGGCAGCUGCUGACUUGAUUCUGGCCACAUCCACAGUGCCUAAAGCUCUAGCUGUGCUCUGGGGCUUGUCAGAUGAAAUCUCCUUCGGGGGCUGCUUAGCUCAGCUCUUUGUUGCUCAUGUGGCCUUCAUUGCUGAGUCCUCAGUGCUGCUGGCCAUGGCAGUGGACCGCUAUGUGGCCAUCUGCCAGCCUCUACGCUAUGGGGCUUUGCUGAGCCAGCGUGUGGUGGGUAUAGUGGCUGUAGCAGCUGUGACUCGUGGUGCCUGUGUCAUGGUGCCCCCUGUGGUCCUUCUCCAGAGACUCCCUUACUGUGGACAUCGGGCCUUGCCUCACACAUACUGCGAGCAUAUGGGUGUGGCUCGUCUAGCAUGUGGUGACACACGUCCCAACAUCUGGUAUGGACUGGCUACCACACUGCUCUCUCCAGCCCUGGACCUAGGGCUCAUAGGUGCUUCCUAUGCCCUCAUACUCCAUGCUGUCUGUCGCAUGCCAUCUCCUGGUGCCCGCCACAAGACCUUGGGUACAUGUGGGUCCCAUGCUGGUGUCAUUAUUCUCUUCUACACACCUGCUCUCUUUUCCUUCCUGGCUCACCGAUUUGGCCACCACACAGUUCCUGGCCACAUCCAUAUUUUAUUGGCGAAUCUCUAUGUGGUAGUUCCUCCAGCACUUAAUCCUGUGGUCUAUGGAGUGCGCACAAAGCAGAUCACUCAGAGGCUUAGGCAUUUGCUUCAAAGAGUUAGAAAGGUGGGCACUGACAGUCGAACCAUCCCACAUGCUUUAUCUGUGUGA